AUGCCUGUUGCCAUGUUGGUCAUGAUUUUGGUUCUUCUUUGGGUGUAUAGAUGGAGGAAUCCAAGAUGCAAAGGCAAACUACCUCCUGGUUCAAUGGGUCUCCCUCUUCUUGGAGAAACUCUUCAGUUCUUCUCUCCUAACACUUCCAUGGAUAUCUCUCCUUUCAUUAAAGACAGAAUGAAAAGGUAUGGUCCUGUGUUCAAAACAAACUUGGUUGGAAGGCCAGUGAUAGUGUCCACUGAUCCAGAGCUCAAUCACUUUGUUUUCCAACAAGAAGGAAGGUUGUUCCAGAGUUGGUAUCCUGAUACAUUCACUGAAAUAUUUGGCAAACAAAAUGUGGGUUCAAUGCAUGGGUUCAUGUACAAAUAUCUCAAGAGCUUAGUUCUCAAACUCUUCGGCACCGAAAGCCUCAAAGAAACAUUGAUUCAUGAAGUUGAGGCUUCAGCUUGGAGAAGCCUUCAUUCAUGGUCUCAAUUUUCAAGCAUUGAGCUUAAAGAAGCCACAGCUACUAUGAUAUUUGAUCUUACUGCCAAGAAGUUGAUUAGCUAUGAGUCUUCGAAUUCAUCGGAGAAUUUGAGAGAGAGUUUUGUGGCAUUCAUUCUAGGACUCAUCUCCUUCCCUAUUGACAUUCCAGGCACUGCUUAUCACAAAUGUCUUCAGGGACGGAAGAAAGCAAUGGAAAUGCUGAAGAGUAUGCUUAUAAAGCGAAGGAAUAAUAAUUCAGAUUCAAAGGAAUGUGGAGAUUUCUUCGAAUUUGUUAUCGAAGAGUUGAAAAAAGAACGAACUGUUCUAACGGAGACGAUAGCAUUGGAUUUAAUGUUCGUGCUUCUUUUCGCAAGCUUUGAGACUACAUCUUUAGCACUCACAUUAGCUGUUAAGUUCCUCCAUGAUCAUCCUAGAGCUCUUUGAAGAGCUGAAGGUAUAUAUGAUGAACAUGAAAAGAUUAUCAGAAAAAGAGAGGAUUUGAGUUCAGGAAUCACAUGGCAAGAGUACAAAUCCAUGAACUUCACUUUCCAAAUAAUCAAUGAAACCGUCAGGUUGGCAAAUAUAGUGCCAGGAAUAUUCAGAAAAGCACUAAAAGAUAUACAAGUGAAUGGAUAUACGAUUCCAGCCGGAUGGGGUGUCAUGGUCUGUCCCCCGGCAGUUCAUUUGAAUCCAAAAAUGUACAAGGAUCCGUUAACGUUCAAUCCGUGGCGGUGGAAGAAUAAAUCAGAAUUAUGUGGUGGAACAAAGAGUUUCAUGGCAUUUGGAGGAGGGAUGAGGUUUUGUGUGGGAACCGAGUUCACAAAGCUUCAAAUGGCAGUGUUCCUUCACUGUUUAGUUACAAAAUACAGAUGGAGAACAAUAAAGGGAGGAAAUAUAGUGAGAACUCCAGGGCUUAGAUUUCCUGAUGGUUAUCACAUUAAACUACACAAAAGAGAAUGA